CGUUGCAUGCACACACAACGCCACGCCACGCAGCUCGGACGUAUGUAUGCAAAUUACAGCUGAUCCUAUCGAGUACACAAUCCAAAGAAGCGCGGGCGGACGAGGUUAUGAAACGCGGACUUUAGCACUGCAUUAUUAAAAUGGAAAAUCGGAGAAUAUGCCAAGAUGAAAAAACACACAGACACACUGCUGCAAAUCCUCCACACAGCCAACCCAAUGCAAAAGUGGCAAUCGGUUGGUUAUAUAAAGUGCGGUUCAUUCCAUUCAACUCUGCUUGACACCUCACCACCAUCACUGCAGAACAAACUACAAUACUAGCUUUUGUUCGAAAUGACCAACUUCCCAAAUGAAGCAGAUGUAAAAGGCGUCGUUCUUCAAGAAAUCAAUGGUGCAAAAGUCAUUCAAAAGUUCAAGGGAGAACCUGAUGUUGAAUUAGCAAGUGGUACUCUGAAAGCCAUCUUUGUCAGUGUACCUGUUGAAGAUCCCUUUGCAGACUUUACAUCAUCCUCUACCGGCAAUGGGAAAGCAAAAGAAAAGACUUCAACAGACCUUUGGCUUGCAUUGGAGGUUGGAACGGAUUUCUCAAUGCCGAUCAAAUCAAGUCAAACGGUCAUCCCGGAAAGUGGCAAUAUUGCAACCUAUUCGUUUCCUUCAGCAGAAAUUCCAGAUGCUGCAAUUCAAUUGAGCUUCAAUACAAGCGAUCGACAAUCUCUUCGAGACUUUGAAGAGAUCUUGUCUGAUUACUGUGCCUUCCACGCUUUCAGUAACACAAGCGGCAGUGCGAAUAAAGAAAAAGCAAAGUUGGAAUUGCUGGACGAUGAAGGAAAGCUGCUAGGUACAAUUGAUGGACUUUGGCAAUUGCAAGAAGAUUCUACGUUACACAAACCCGGUCACGAAAAGGAUCCAGUCAUUUUGGAAUUGCCCGAAGAAGGAAGUACUUCUCAACAAAUGGUACAAGUCUCUGCUGCACCAAGAGAUGAGAACGGACAAUUGUCACCUGCAUAUCAAAAUGAUUGGCUUUUGCGUGGAGCGAAUCUUGUUUCUCGCUCGUUGGAAAAAGGAUCUCAAUGGGCAGGAACAAAGAUGUUAAAGGCUGCGGAUUCUUAUGUUACCCGUUCUACGCCACCUUCCUCACAACCCGGGUCACGCCGUGAUUCUGGCUCCCUAUCAAGAGAUGAGCUUGGUGAAAAGCCAUUGUCUGGAGGUGCAAGUAUCAAUACGACUGAUUCGAAUUUGACGACGUCCGGAAGAACUGCAGUUACGUUUAGCCCUCAAACACACAAUACCGCAAGACAAAUUCGUAAUGUGAGCGGAAAAGUGACAAGUGUUAGUAAUCGUACAACUACUGCAAUCUUGUCUGCAGCAUCCAAUGUUGGAGAUCAAAUCGGAAAGCGAACAGGAAUUCAACAAGUAACACAAUCUGACGGUAGUGUACAAAAUCCAAAAGGUUUUCGUGGCGUAUUGAAUAGAAGUUUGAUCGCUUUUAAUGUCGUUUUGGAUGGAGUAACAAAUAGCGCCGAACGCUUGCUCAAAGAUGGCGGUGAAGCAAGCGGAAGGGUGAUCGAACAUCGAUAUGGCUCAGAAGCAAAAGUGAUUAGUGGAAAUGUUGCUUCUGUUGGUCGUUCGGCUUUUAUCGUUUAUAAGGAUAUCAAUGGCGUUCGUAGAAAAGCUCUUCUUAAAGUUGCAACUGGUACGAUCAAAGCUCGCGCACCUGAUGGAGGUGAGGUCAUUUUGCAACAACAGAAUAUUGCAUCUACUUCGCAAGUACACGAUACGUACGAAAAAGAGUCAGAGAAGUACAACCCACCAGGCUACUCAGUCUCCGAUCCAGCUUAUAGAAGUUCAAUCGAUAAAAAACGUUCAUAGAAUCCCAACCCUGAAAGAGCACUCGAAACCAAGAUUCAAUCCUGUACUCCCACCACUUUUGUACUCAUGUAGCAUUCCGUACCAUACCACCUGUUCGAGAUUAUAUCCUUUCAAAUAAUGAAAUGCAUUGU